AUGCAGAAGCCGGGAACUAGUUUCCGACAUCGGAUCCUUCCGCAUCAUGUAUUUCAACCUCAAUGCAUUCUCGACGCGCUGACUGUAUCUCGAGGUUGGUCACUGAGCUUUCUACGGGGACACGUAUUGGAACCUCCGGCUGCUGGGUUCCGCCCGAGGCGUGAUGUGGAUUUGUUCCUGGACCGCCAGACCCAGAACACUGGGAGGGGUUAUAUUCAAGCAGCUUAUAUGCUGAAGCAGGUCCUUGAAGAAGAAAGUGCUUACCGUCCCAGAGUGCUCUAUGAGGUUCUAGAUGCUAUCCAGUUCGACUUCAUCAACUGGCUAGGCGAGAGCAAGUAUCAGUAUGGGUUAAACACUAUUCCACCCUCCCGCUUCGCCGCCACUGAUUCGAAUGGUCUUUGGGAAUACUCCCCUUUUCCCUGCGGCGUGGGUUUGACGGAAGGUCUUGAUAUCGCGUAUUCCAGCAGCAUGUUUUUAUGGGAUGCCAUGCCUGAGCCUAUGCUUCUUGUGCAUAUUCACAAUAUGCUUGUCCAGAAAGGCUACAUUGAACGGCCAAUAGGCCUGUAUCACGCUUUGGAGAUGCUUUUCCCAACUUCUUUCUUUCGUAACGGCAAGGCUCCAACCUCCGACUUCAUUUCUGCAUUCACUGCCCGUGUUCGCGAGACCGGCAGUCGCCGCACCCUUCCCUCCCAAGGCGCCCCGUCUGACAGGGGCAUGUAUGGAAUUGCAGAUGGUCAGGCGAACGGCCUUUUCAAGCAGCUGUCGAAUAUAGCGGUAUAUCGCAGAGCUCAAUGGAAUGUGGGGCGUAUCCCAGACAGUCUCUUACCGAUAGACUCCAUGCUUGCCGCGAUUCGUCUAGGUGAGACGAGGCGAAUAGUCGACGCAGAAACUGGCCGGCAGCGCCUUGCUGAUACCGAGUUGACUGCCAAAGCAAGGGCCUCUGGUAUGGACGAGCAAAUUCUCCUCGACAUGGCGAGUCAUCUCGAAAGGUUGCAUAAGUCCAAACUCUCUCAGCCAGAUGUGCCGCCGUCUGUGCUCAACGAGCUCAAGGAAUCUACACCCAACAUCAAGAUACAACAACCCACGACCUCGAGGUCGAACUCCAGCAAGGGAAGAACAAAAUUGUCGAAUCGUGAACUUCUCUCCUUUGUCGAAUGGGAUGUUUUUCGUGACGUCUCCGGUAGUGUGCCAUUAUCUGGCAUUAGCUAUAUCGGGAUCACAAUAGCUUUCAUGAUGUACUUUGACAUGAUUGAGGACGAGCUGAAGCGCUUGAAGAACCCCGUGUACACCCGUGUUUGUACCACAGACGACCGUCUCACAUACAGACAGAGGAUAAAUCUAGGCGUAGGUAUCUUGGCAGGCGAUGAUGAAGAGUGCCUCGUUGCUACUGCGCGGGUGCUGGAACAGAAUCGCAGCGGGCUCGUUGACUUUGUAUACUGGGGCGACGUGGAGGAUGCAGCCAAAAAGGAAGCGGCGACGAAAUCAAUUCGGGAUGAGUUUGAUGACCCGUUUGAUGACGCCAGCUUUCAUAUUAUGUAG